GGCACCCAGCCGCCUCGUCGCCACGCUGAAGCUUCCUCUACCAGGUCAGGCCUGACCAUCAAAGUUAGCUGUAAAGACCCAAGUUCCUACGCCACCAAAUAGACCGAGUGCUCUAGGGCGCCAUGGAAACCUUUUCCGUACAGCAACAUGGCGGCGCCCAUUGAGUCUUAGAAAGAAAAAAAUUCUCCUUUUCCCCUUAAUGGUGUAUCUUUCAUUACCGCUCUUUGGAUGGGUGCUGUCUUCAUGAGAGUCUGGGAAGGCGGCGGGGACUUUUCUGAGAAGGGAGUGGUGAGGAAGGAGAUAGUGGCUGCCGAAUGUGAGUGCAACUCGGCUCCAGGGAUCGCACUGGUGUGGCCGCCUCCAGGGUUCUGGCUGGAGAUUUGACUGCUCGCCUCGGUCUCGCGGUCCUCUAGUGGGUACUUUUAUCUUUUAAGGAAUUCAAUGACCUCCUUACAUGGAGAAUGUAGACAUCUGGCGAGAUUCAAGGACCAAGCAAGAAAAUUGUGUAAGGAACAGGAAAAUAGAAGGAAGAUCAAAUUGGAAUUCCAGAUAACAUCAAGUAAAACUUCUUGGUCAAGCUGGCUGAAAAAUUUGAAUGAUCAGCUCUGAAAUUAAGAGAAGAUUUUAUUAAAACAUUGCAUUUUUCUUUAAGAGCUGCUUUAUAUUUUAAUAUAUCAUGAAUGCUUAAAUUCUUUUUUUGUGUGUACAUGUCCAAUUUGUAUACUUGCAUAACGGUUCUAUCUGUGUAUACGAAGUUUAUGUUUAUUGAAGUAUAGGAUAUUUAAGAACUUGAUUUUCAAAGUUGAGUUUUACUGCAAAUUACUAAUUCCCAAACUUUUUAAAGGAAGAGAAUGUCUGUGGUACACCAGUUGUUACCAGGAUGGUUAUUGGACCAUCUUUCUUUCAUUAACAAGAUAAAUUAUCAACUUUACCGGCAUCAUAAGCCUUGUUGCAGUAAAAAUGAACCCACUUCUUCUGUCCACUCUAAUUGUCUUCAGAUGGAUUCUAUGUCUUUUUUUGGAGCCUCUGCUACACUUAUUGCAUCUGACUCUACCACUAAGCCAGAAAAUGAAGAUUCAAGAAAUUGUGAAAUUCCCACACAAAAAUAUGUUUUUAGAUCUGAACUGUUUAAUGUCACCAAACCUUAUAUAACUCCAGCUGUUCACAAAGAAUGUCAACAAAGUAAUGAAAAAGAAGAUCUAUUGAAUGGUGUUAAAAAAGAAAUCUCCACUUCUAUUAUUGGAAAGAAGCGUAAAAGAUGUGCUGUUUUCAAUCAAGGUGAAUUGGAUGCUAUGGAAUACCAUAUAAAGAUCAGAGAGCUGAUUUUGGAUGGAUCUUUAAAAUUAAUCCAAGAAGGUCUCAAAAGUGGUUUUCUGUAUCCACUAUUUGAAAACCGGGACAAGUGUAAUGAACCUAUUACUUUACCACUUGAUACCUGCAAUUUGUCAGGAUUAUGUGAAAUGGCAAAGCAUUUACCUUCUAUGAAUGAAAUGGGACAUCAGACAUUACAAUUGAGAGAAGAUGAUAUGACUGUCACAGAGCAGGAUUUAUUAUCACGGGUUGUUGAAAACAACUCUAAUUUUACAAAAAUGAUUACUUUAAUGGGACAGAAAUACCUCCUGCCACCAAAAUGCAGUUUUCUUUUAUCUGACAUUUCUUGUAUACAACCACUUCUAAACUGUGGGAAAACAUUUGAUGUAAUUGUGAUAGAUCCACCAUGGCAAAACAAAUCAGUUAAAAGAAGUAACAGGUACAGUUAUUUAUCACCACUGCAAAUAAAGCAAAUACCUAUCCCUAAACUGGCCGCUCCAAAUUGUCUUGUUGUUACUUGGGUAACUAAUAGACAGAAACACGUACGUUUUAUUAAGGAAGAACUUUAUCCUUCUUGGUCUGUGGAGAUUAUUGCUGAAUGGCAUUGGGUAAAAAUCACCAGUUCAGGAGAGUUUGUGUUCCCUUUAGAUUCUCCACACAAAAAGCCUUAUGAAGGUCUUAUACUGGGGAGAACUGGAGGAAAAACUACUUUACCAUUAAGGAAUACAGAUACAGAAGUGCUCCCCAUUCCAGAUCACAAAUUAAUUGUCAGCGUGCCCUGUAUUCUUCAUUCUCAUAAGCCACCUCUUGCUGAGGUUCUAAAAGACUACAUCAAGCCAGAUGGGAAAUGUUUGGAAUUGUUUGCUCGAAAUUUACAGCCAGGUUGGACUAGUUGGGGCAAUGAAGUUCUCAAAUUUCAGCAUGUGGAUUAUUUUGCUGCUCUUGAGUCUGGAUGCUGACUAUGACCUUAAUUAAAAUAGAGCUUUUCCUCAGUGUUUCCUCUUUCCUUCUCCCGUCAUUCAAACUCAUUUUUUUCUUUUACCACCAACAACUGUGCUUGGACACGUAAGAAAGAUUUGGGCUUUUAGUAAAUUGACCAGAAAUGACUAUCCUUCAUAUAACUUUAAGAUGGAUUUUAUUUCCCUUAUUAUUAUAAUCCAUAUUAUUUCAGACUCUCUACAAUUAAAGAAGUAAGCAGUUAGAAUGAAGGCAGGAGUGUGUAUUAUUGAAUAACUUCAGAAAGCAUAUACUGUGGACCACAUAUCAUAAUCCUGCUUAUUUAUAUGUGAUUGAUUUGGCCCACAUGAUGUUAUAAAGAAAAUAGAACCCUCAUUCUAAAAAAUUAGAAAUUUCACAUUGAAGUCCAGAUUUCUGCUACUCUUUAAUCAUCAGAAGCUCUGGGUACACUAAGGCCUGUGUUCUUUCUUGGCAUUGACCUGCAGCACCUAGUGGAGGUGGCUCACUUGGGAUGGACCACGUGCUGUCCAGUUUGCCACAGUACAACUUGGUCGGUGCUGCUCACUUAUUUACCUGGCCCCUGUCUGACUUGAAUUUGUAGCCUCUGGUAUAAUCUUACAUUCUGAGAAAAGCAACCAAUCACUGCCAACUAGUGCAUCAGUGGAUUGAGUGUAUGCAAUGGUUUUGGAAGGUUUUAAAUUUAACUCAGGGUGGCUUUUCAAUCAUUGCUUAGCUUUGCUUGUUUUUCUAGAAUAAAAUUAAAAGAUAUUUCUUAUAAAAAUGUCAAAAAAAUAAAUACUAUGUGAAAAACAUAUUAUUUACAGAUUUUCUACAAAUAAAUAUUUUUCUAAGUAAAAUAAAGGAUUUUUUGGUUUGUUUUGUUGUUUUUUGUUUUUACGGUGCUGGAGAUCAAACCCAGGGUCCUGUUUGUAUGAGGUGAGUAUUCUACCAAAAGCAUGCUGAUUAAUUAUGUAUUACCUUUUAAAAACUUGAGAUGCAGUUUUUAUGUCACAAAAUUCCCCAAUUUCCAGUAUAGCUUUGAGUGAGUUUUAAAAACAUGCUGUUGUCUACCUAUCACCAUGAUCCUCAUAGGAUACAUUCCCUUCACCCCAGUCUCUCCUGUGUCUCUUCAGUCUGUAUCUUCCUCCUGGAAAUCAGUGAUUUGCUAUUGUUAGUUUUACUUUUUUAGUAUUUCAUUUAAAUGGAAUCAUACAGUGUAUUGUAUCUGUCAUUAGCAUUUUUAGAGAAGAAUGUAUACUGUAUACAAUCUGUACAUAUUUAUCUACUAAGUACAAUGUUAGAUGAAAUGGCUU